AUGAAGUUGCAAAAUGUUGUAAUAGUGAUUGCAAUAAUCACACAAAAUUUAGCACAAGGAUCACCUGUAACGACAGAGUUAACGAAUAUGGUCAAUAAUGAUGUGAGACCGACCUCAGAAAUCUUACCACUUGAUAACAUAAUCUUAGAACUGCAAUCAAAUGAUUAUUCCAUUAAACUGAUUUCAGAAAUUACCAGCCUUGCAGCAUCAGAGAAGGUGGUAAAUUUAGAUCAACCUCAGUUCUCGUUUGCCAAAUUUGAGGUUCCAAGAAGAGACUCUUUAACUUUUGAGCAACUUGAAUACGUAAUAAAGAAGAAUCCUAGGAGUAUGAUAUUGUUUAAAGAUACCAGAACUGUGUUGGUGCCAGAUGACCCUGAUCUCUUCAAAGAAAAUGAAGCGAAUUUAAGGACGAAAUAUUCGCAAAGUAAUAAUAUAACAUAUAGUGAAUACGAUGUUUCGGAAAAGGUGGUUGUCCACUUUGAGAAUGACUUAAUUCCCGCUAGCUCCUGUUUGGGAUUUUCAAGCAAUACGGGUUCAGGGUCUGUUAGUAUUUCUUACCUGGUUGGUCUCGGAUUAACUGAUGCUGGAUCAGGGGAAGUAGAUUACACUUACAGCACCGUAAAUGAUACCCUCACGUCUGUUCUUUCGUACUCGUUAGGGAUUCAGGCUUCAAAGUCCGUUUCAUUUUCAGGGACAUAUGCAUGCAAUACAGAGAAAGGAAAAGAUGUUAGAUUAUUUUACAGACCAGGAACACUCGAUUGUGAACCAAAGAAAAGAGUCUUCUUCAUCGAUAAGCUCAAAAAAGUUAUUAUAAAGGAAGAAUGGGAAAACAUGGGACAUUUUAAACUCUUGACUGAUACUAAUCCUAUAUACUACUGUGCCACUGAAGAUAAAAUGGACUUAAGAUGCGAUGAGCAAUCUGGCGAACUGUGGGGUUCUUAUAGAACAACAUUCAAACCGCAUCUGUUAUCAUAG